AAGGAAUGGAUCCAUCAUUGCAUUGAGCUUACCUUACAGUACUCUUCCUCUUGCCCCCCCCCCAACGGUUCCUUAACUUCCUUACUGCGGGCCAAAUCAAUACCCUCGGAUUCCGAAAUACAAGAGCUUCCCCCCCUCCCCAUCCACUCCCGUAGACUCUUCCUUUCCUUCUUAAUUUCUUCUUCCUAUUCUCGUCUCUUUCCGUCACCUUUAUUCCGUGCAUCUAAUCAAAUCCAUCUUCCUCGGCUCUUUUCUGCUCUCCCAUUUACUUAAACCUCCCAUCACCCCCUGGUUCCUGGUACAUUCCAUCUCUAUACCACUGCACAGUACAUCUCAACUACCUUGUACAUUCCUGUCCUCAACGGCCCCUCCCCUGCCUAUCUGGUUUCGACCUUUUGACAAUAAAUCAUCCUCUUCUAUCAUCCGUUUGAUAUCACAUAUUCUCUUCCCAAUGGCAGCUAUCCGUUCCACGUCUUUGCGCGCCCUUCGCGUGCUCUCUCAGCACCCUACUACACCCUGCACUCGACGGGGUCUACACAUCACCGGUGCCACCUCCGCACCCCCUGCCAGCGUUGGCGACAAGGCGUCCUUGUAUUCCUCCCGUAGUCUUUCGGAUCUCAAGGGAGAAUGCCAGACCCGGAAGCUAGGAGCGCAUGGAACACAGGCUGAGCUGGUCGAACGUCUGUCCAACCAUGACUUCCUCCAAUCGCGCGCCUUCAGCAUCGCCAUGAGGCGCAUCAAUGGUACCGCAGCAGAGACCAACUCCGGCCGCCAAUUUAACACCUCCCGCUCCCAAAAGGCCGUGGGUGACUCAUCCACGGUGGAUUUCGCCUACAUGCCCUCCAUGUCGGAGAUGGAGACCACCGCUGCUCGCCCCGAUCUGCGGAUUCCGAUCUUUCCCGACCUCUACGCCAGACCCCAGGCGAACCUAGCGGAGCAGCCCUCCGGCAGCUCGGGUCCCAUGAGACCCCACGUUUACACCGUGUCCGGUGCCGGAGCUGACGUCGCCGUCAGUCCCAUGACAGAGGUGGUGGAUAACCUCGCUGUGGAUAUCGACCCAUUUUCUUUGACCGAAACGGUGGGCAAAUCGCGGUUCGAGGAAGAGCUGCAGAAGCAACAGAACGGGUCUAGCAACGGGGGUGUCGUGCAAGAGUUAUGGCAUGGCUUCCUGGAUGAUCUCCUAGGCCCCAAGGCCCAGCCUUCGCAGAGACAGUGAGGGUUUCAAAGUUAUUUUUCUGUUUUUCAGCGUGGUGUUUUAACUUUCCUAUGUGUUGUUCAACAUGAUUGCGAUUUACUUUAUUUGAUUUACGAUGCAGCAUAUCUGCUCCAGAACCAGAUUGUUC